ACAUAUAUUAUAACUAUCAUUCAUUUACUUAACUAUUUAAAAUUUUCAUUUCACUCAGUUUCAAAUCAAUAUUUAUUUAUCAAUGUAUUCGAAUCACUCUAUUUAAAUUAACUAUCGUAGCGACCUUUGAAAUUUCAUUUGAUUAUUAAGAAUUUUAUUUUUAUGAUUCGUUCUUAGAUUUUCAUAGAAUAAUCUUGUUUUCUUUAAAUUUAAUAAAUAAUUUGUUUUAGUUUUUUGAUACGCUUUCGUGUUUUAAUUUUUCAACUUGAAUUUUAUUGAAUGGAUGUUGGUCAAGUCUGAAUCCAGACCAUUAUCCAUAUUGGUGACCCCGACGUUGAAAAAAGUACGCAUAGGAAGAAAAUAGAAAGAUUUUUAAAUUUCUCGAACGUUCUACAGAAAAUAAUUGAAAAUGCCAGAUGAUGUCCCGGACAGACAAAACGUUAGCGGCGAAUUGCAUCGUGUUUCUAUCAAGCCACCACCAUUUUUGCAAGACCAACCCGACCUAUUUUUUAUUCAGAUGGAGGCGCAGUUCAACAUUGCUAGCAUCAAAUGCGACAUAACAAAAUAUCACUACGUCGUUGCUUCAUUAGAUCAAAAUGUUUCUUCACGUGUCAGUGAUUCACUUAGAAAUCCACCAGAAACAAAUAAAUAUGAAGAACUUAAAAAAGUGAUAAUAGCAGAAUUUACUGACUCUGAUCAAAAGAAGUUGCGUAAAUUGAUAAACAGUGUUGAGCUUGGUGACUUGGAUCCAUCUAAGCUUCUGAAAAAAAUGAAAGAACUUGCGAAAAACCAACUUUCCGAUGAUGUGCUUAAAACAUUGUGGUUGGAAAGACUUCCGGACAACAUUAGAGCUGUAAUUUGCAUUGGUUCCGGCGAUUUAACGACACUUUCCAAGCAAGCUGACACGAUGGCCGAAAUGCAGAGCAUCUCAAACAUAUCAGCAGUUGGAAGCCAAUCUGAAAUUUUAUCAAGAAUCGAUGCACUUCAAAAACAAGUCGAAGAACUAAGAACAUCAAGACCAGGUGGAAGCAGAAAGCAUGGCUCACAAAAAAGAGAUUUAAGCAAAAGUCGCAGUAAGUCUAAACCACGUCUUCCACUUUGUCGCUAUCAUUUCAGGUUUGGCAAGGAUGCAAAAAAAUGCGUUGAACCUUGCCAAUUCAAAAAAUUCGACCUCUCGGAAAACUAAAGGAGGCUCUGU